AUGAGCCGGCUCUGCAUCUCUGCAGCCCUUCUCGUCCUCCUGGGCACCCUGGUGGCUGGCACCCUGGAAGGUGAAACCAGCAACCAGGCCCAGGGUUCUCAGCCUGCCUUCUGCCUGGAACCUCAUCACACGGGUCCCUGCAGGGCCCGGAAGGUCAGGUACUUCUACAACGCCAAGUCCGGGCACUGCGACAUGUUUAUAUACGGCGGCUGCCGAGGGAAGAAGAACAACUUCCCAACAGCACAGGACUGCAUGAAGACAUGCGGUGGUCCUGUGGUGACCCACGGAGGACCUGCGAACUGUACCACCCCGAAACCCUGAAGUCAAGGAGGAGCCACGCGGGGCUGGGCUGUGGCUGCUUCUGAAACAGUGUGGUCUCCUCUGAGUCCGUCUCAACCCCACCCUCCUCAGCAGAACCCUGCCUCUCUCCUUCCCCCAUGGGUCUACUUGCCUUAGUUCUGUCUCAUCCAGUGGAUUCUAAGCACCAUGAGAGCAAGUCUUCCCUUUAUCCCUAGCACUUAGCACAGGUCCUGGCAUAGAGGAGAUGGUCCAUAAUUAUUUAAGGAAGGAAGGAGUGAAUGCAAGAGCACAUUCCUCAUGUCAGGAUUCUUGUCUCAAGCCACAUCCUCACUGCAUCCUCACCUUCAUCCCCCACCCCACCAUCACUGCUCUCCUUGUGGGUGGCCAAGGUGGAAAUUCUGGCAUCCAGUUCUCAGUAUCAGUGGUGGCAGAGGUCUUUUCAAUAAAGAAGCCCCUUUCCCUCGCAGUGAUGUUGUACAUUUUCCUUCUGUCGCUUCAAAC